AUGCGGAUGAAGCAUAUGCGUUCAUCUUCGCACUCGCCAUCCCUCCUCACCUUUGUCCUCUUUACCAUUACUACCGCCGCCAGCUUCAUGAUGCUGUUUUACGCGCUAUUAGCUGCCACUGCGCCGUGCGCCGUUCUUGCAAAGUGCUAUCAUGGCUUUCAUAGCGCUUUCAGCUUCGAUGCUCACAAUGCGCACUAUCCGACGUGGAUGAAGGAGCUGCCCGACGCGCUCAACUUCUCGUCGCUGAGCGUCCCGGGCACCCAUGACACCAUGACCUACAACAUUGGCAGCGAGAUUCUCCAAUGCCAGAACUGGAACUUGACGGUGCAGCUCGAGUCUGGUAUGCGCUACUUUGAUAUACGCGCCAGGCUGCGCGACAAUGAGCUCCAGAUCUACCACGGUGACGGAUACACUGGUCACAGCUACGAGGAAGUCUUGCUGGAUAUGUUUGAGUUCUUGGACCGUAAUCCGUCCGAGGCUAUUGUCAUGCGCCUAAAGCAGGAAGGUGGUGCUCUUGGCACUAACAACACCCGCAACUUUGAAGAGGCCUUCAACUUCUACCAUGAUGCGUCACCAACGACGUCAGCCGGCUCCAAGAAGCACAUUUACGCCUUCAACGAGACAGCUCCUCUACCCACACUCGGCAGUCUGCGCUCCAAGAUUUGGAUACUUCAAAACUUCCCCGCGGCAUCUGGCGAUCCCAACCAGUACGGACUGGCAUGGGAGGGCAAGCAGAUGAUCCUUGAAGACGACUACAUUGUCAAGGACAUUGCGCAUCUCUAUCUCAAGUGGCAGGCUAUCGAGGCGGCUCUGCAAAAGUCGUCGGUUGAUUUCCCAACAGACAACAACACGGCUCUCUACCUCGCCCACGUCUCUGCAUCCGUUGGUGUCCUGCCCAUCGAGGCCGCUGCUGGACCACGAAACCGCACAGUCCAGGGCAUGAACGACAUGACUGGCCAGUGGCUGGAGAAGUUUGAGGAUGAUGAAAAGUAUGGCAGCCGCGCCGGCAUCGUCAUUCUCGACUUUCCCGGCAAACGCCUCAUCGAUGGCAUUCUCCAACGCAACGAGAUGUUUCUUGAGUAA